CCUACCUCCCCGCCGCUCCUGACGGGCUCGCAGAGCGGAGGACGCGCGCGCCGCUCCAGUCUCUCUCCGCACCUCGCCGGCAGCUUCUGACGCGGGGCCACGGGACUCCGGGCACCUUUCCGUGUCCCUUCUUCCCUCGGCCGACCGGGACUCCGCCGCCAGCCGCCGCCGCGCCGCCGCCUGAGGGACCUGCGGGCAGGACGCGGGCAGGAGCCGGAGCGCGGCGCCCGCGCAGAGCGUCUCCCCGCCGCGCCGCCCCGCGAGCCCGAGCCCGGGCCUCCGGGCCCAGGAGCCCCGCUGCGGCGCCAGGUGUACGGGACCCAAGUUCUCGCAGAAGGAAGCCCAACUCUUCAAGGUGAACUAUGACCACUUUACUCCUUGUGUUUGUGACUCUGCGGGUCAUCGCCGCCACCGUCUCCAUAGAAGUCUCAGACCCUGACAACUCGCUGAGUGUCAGCAUCCCCGAGCCGUCCCCUCUGCGGGCCCUCCUGGGGACCUCCCUCACCAUCCCCUGCUACUUCAUUGACCCCAUGCACCCCGUGACCACCGCCCCCGCCACCGCCCCCCUCACCCCGAGAAUCAAAUGGAGCCGCGUCUCCAAGGAGAAGGAGAUGGUGCUGCUGGUGGCCACGGACGGGCAGGUGCGGGUCAACAGCGCCUACCAGGACAAGGUCUCGCUGCCCAACUACCCGGCCAUUCCCAGCGACGCCACCUUGGAAAUUCAGAACCUGCGCUCCAACGACUCCGGGAUCUACCGCUGUGAGGUCAUACAUGGCAUCGAGGACAGCGAGGCCACUGUGGAGGUCAUGGUGAAAGGCAUCGUGUUCCAUUACAGAGCCAUCUCCACGCGCUACACCCUGGACUUCGACAGGGCGCAGCGGGCCUGCCUGCAGAACAGCGCCAUCAUCGCCACGCCCGAGCAGCUGCAGGCCGCCUACGAGGACGGCUUCCACCAGUGCGACGCUGGCUGGCUGGCCGACCAGACUGUCAGGUACCCCAUCCACGUUCCCCGGGAAGGCUGCUACGGGGACAAGGACGAGUUUCCCGGCGUGAGAACCUAUGGCAUCCGCGACACCAACGAGACGUAUGACGUGUACUGCUUCGCCGAGGAGAUGGAGGGCGAGGUCUUCUAUUCGACGUCUCCAGAGAAGUUCACCUUCCAGGAGGCUGCCAACGAGUGCCGACGGCUGGGCGCCCGGCUGGCCACCACAGGCCAGCUGUACCUGGCCUGGCAGGGCGGCAUGGACAUGUGCAGCGCCGGCUGGCUGGCCGACCGCAGCGUGCGCUACCCCAUCUCCAAGGCCAGGCCCAACUGUGGCGGCAACCUCCUGGGCGUGAGGACCGUGUACCUGCACGCCAACCAGACGGGCUACCCCGACCCCUCAUCCCGCUACGACGCCAUCUGCUACACAGGUGAAGACUUUAUCGAUAUCCCAGAAAACUUCUUCGGGGUGGGUGGCGAGGAGGACAUCACCGUGCAGACGGUGACCUGGCCCGACGUGGAGCUGCCCUUGCCCCGGAACAUGACGGAGGGCGAAGCCCGCGGCAACGUGAUCCUCACAGUGAAGCCCAUUUUCGGCGGCUCCCCCACGGCCCUGGAGCCCGAGGAACCCCUCACCUUGGCCCCCGACAUCGAGGCCACCGCCUUGCCUGAGGCUGAGAACGGGACUGGAGAGGCCACCAGGCCCUGGGCCAUUCCCGGGGCGUCCACGCCUGGCCUGGGCCCCUUUACCGGCGAGGACCUGGUGGUGCAGGUGACCGCAGCCCCGGGUGAAACCCAGGUCCCCGGGCAGCCGCGAUUGCCAGGGGGGGUCGUGUUUCACUACCGCCCCGGCUCUGCCCGCUACUCGCUGACCUUCGAGGAGGCACAGCAGGCCUGCCUGCGCACCGGGGCGGUCAUCGCCUCUCCCGAGCAGCUCCAGGCCGCCUACGAAGCAGGCUAUGAGCAGUGUGACGCCGGCUGGCUGCAGGACCAGACCGUCAGAUACCCCAUUGUGAGCCCCAGGACCCCGUGUGUGGGUGACAAGGACAGCAGCCCGGGGGUCCGGACCUACGGUGUGCGCCCACCGUCAGAAACCUAUGAUGUCUACUGCUACGUGGACAAGCUCGAAGGGGAGGUGUUCUUCGUCACGCGCCCCGAGCAGUUCACCUUCCAGGAAGCCCUGGCGUUCUGUGAAUCCCACAACGCCACGCUCGCCUCCACCGGCCAGCUCUACGCCGCCUGGAGCCUCGGCCUGGACAAGUGCUACGCCGGCUGGCUGGCCGACAGCAGCCUCCGCUACCCCAUCGUCACCCCUCGGCCGGCCUGUGGCGGGGACAAGCCAGGCGUGAGGACCGUCUACCUCUACCCCAACCAGACAGGCCUCCUGGACCCACUGUCCCGGCACCACGCCUUCUGCUUCCGCGGUGUCUCGGCUGUGCCCUCUCCCGGAGAAGAUCGAGGUGGCACGCCCACACCCCCCUCAGACGUGGAGGACUGGAUCACCCCCCAAGUGGGACCUGGCGUGGCUGCUGUCCCCUCGGGGGAGGAGACCACUGCGGUCCCCGACUUCACCGUGGAGCCGGAAAACCACACGGAAUGGGAACGGGCCUACUCCCCCGCGGGCACCUGGCCGCUGCCAGGGGUCCCUCCUACAUGGCCUCCCACGAGCACAGCCACAGAGGAGAGCACAGAAGGCCCUUCUGCCACAGAAGUGCCCUUGGCCUCGGAGGAGCCAUCCCCCUCAGAAGAGCCAUCCCCCUCGAAGGAGCCAGCCCCCUCAGAGGAGCCAGCCCCCUCCCAGGAGCCGCUGUUCACACCUUCACCCCCAGUGCCCAGUGGGAUGGAGCUGCCCGGCUCCGGGGAGGCAUCCGGGGCACCGGAAGUCAGUGGUGACUUCUCAGCCAGCGGAGAAGCUUCAGGACACCCGGACGCCAGUGGGCAGCCCUCGGAAGACCUUGACUCCAGUGGUGUCACCUCGGCAGCGGGCUCAGGCCUGCCCGUGGGAAGUGGACUGGCCUCGGGGGAAGAAGAUAGAAUUACGUGGUCCAACACUUCUCACGUUGGGGGGCUGCCCUCUGGGGGUGAGGGUCUAGAAGGCUCUGCCUCCGGGGUAGAGGACCUGGGUGGACUUCCUUCUGGAGGUGAGACUCAUCCAGAAGGUUCUGCCUCUGGAGUAGAGGACCUGGGUGGACUUCCUAGUGGAGAUGAGAGUCAUCUAGAGACGUCUACCUCUGGAGUAGACCUCGGUGGACUUCCUUCUGGAGGUGAGAGUCAUCUGGAGACGUCUACCUCUGGAGUAGACCUGGGUGGACUUCCUUCUGGAGGUGAGAGUCAUCUGGAGACUUCUGCCUCUGGAAUAGAGGACCUCAGUGGACUUACUUCUGGAGGUGAGACUCAUCUGGAGACGUCUACCUCUGGAGUAGACCUGGGUGGACUUCCUUCUGGAGGUGAGACUCAUCCAGAAAGUUCUACCUCUGGAGUAGACCUGAGUGGACUUCCUUCUGGAGGUGAGACUCAUCCAGAAGGUUCUGCCUCUGGAAUAGAGGACCUGGGUGGACUUCCUUCUGGAGGUGAGACUCAUCUGGAGACGUCUACCUCUGGAGUAGACCUCGGUGGACUUCCUUCUGGAGGUGAGACUCAUCCAGAAGGUUCUGCCUCUGGAAUAGAGGACCUGGGUGGACUUCCUUCUGGAGGUGAGACUCAUCUGGAGACGUCUACCUCUGGAGUAGACCUGAGUAGACUUCCUUCUGGAGGUGAGACUCAUCCAGAAGGUUCUGCCUCUGGAAUAGAGGACCUCGGGGGACUUCCUUCUGGAGGAGAGGGUCUUCCAGAAACUUCUGCCUCUGGAGUAGAGGACCUCGGUGGACUUCCUUCUGGAGGAGAGGGUCUUCCAGAAACUUCUGCCUCUGGAGUAGAGGACCUGGGUGGACUUCCUUCUGGAGGAGAGGGUCUGGAGACCUCUGGUUCUGGACCCGAGGACCUCAGCGGGUUGCCUUCUGGAAAAGAAGACUUGAUCGGGUCAGCUUCUGGAGACGCGGGCCUGGGCGGGAUACCUUCUGGAACUCUCGGAAGCGGGCAAGCUCCGGAAGCCAGUGGCCUUCCCUCCGGAUUCAGCGGUGAGUAUUCUGGCACGGACCUCGGCAGCGGCCCAUCCUCCGGCUCGCCGGACUUCAGCGGGCUUCCCUCGGGGCUCCCGACGGUCUCCCUGGUGGAUACCACGCUGGUGGAAGUGGUCACAGCCGCCACGGCGAGCGAGCUGGAGGGACGGGGCACCGUCGGCGUGAGCGGCGCUGGCGAGGUAUCCGGGCUGCCCUUCGGCGAGUCGGACGUGAGCGGGGGCGCGAGCGGGUUCCCUUCGGGAGCUGAACUCAGUGGCCAGCCAUCUGGUUCCCCCGACAUCAGCGGGGAGACAUCUGGAUUCUUCGGUGUCAGCGGGCAGCCAUCAGGAUUCCCUGACCUCGGCGGGGGGACAUCCGGACUCUUUGAGCUCAGCGGGCAGCCGUCGGGGUUUCCGGAGGAGACGUCUGGAAUGGCCGAGCUCAGUGGACAGUCCUCCGGACAGCCGGGUGUCAGCGGAGAAGCUUCUGGAGACCUUCUUGGCAGCGGCCGCCCGUUUGGCAUGACCGACCCGAGUGGAGAAACGUCUGGGGUCCCUGACCUCAGUGGGCAGGCCUCGGGGUGGCCCGGGUUCAGCGGGGCCCCCUCGGGGAUCCCCGACCUGGUUUCUGGCACCUCGAGCGGCAGCGGCGACGCUUCCGGCGUUACGUUCGUGGACAGCACCUUCGUGGAGGUGACCCCAACUCCGUUUAGGGAAGAAGAAGAAGGCUUGGGGUCCGUGGAGCUCAGCGGCCUCCCUUCUGGGGAGACGGAUCUCUCGGGCACCUCGGGGACGGUGGACGUGAGCGGACAGCCGUCCGGGGCCAUUGCCUCCAGCGGGUUUCCGUCGCAGCCUCCAGAGUUCAGCGGCCUGCCCAGCGGAGACGCCGAGGUCAGCGGGGAGGCCUCCGGCGCCGAGGUGGGGAGCGGCCUGCCCUCCGGAGCCUACGACGGCAGUGGACUCCCACGGGGCCCCCCCACCGUCUCGCUCGUCGACAGGACUUUGGUGGAAUCUGUAACCCAGCCUCCAACGGCCCAAGAAGCAGGGGAGGGGCCUUCGGGCAUUCUAGAACUCAGCGGCGCCCAUUCCGGAGCGCCGGACGUGUCCGGAGACCAUUCUGGACUGUCGGACCUCAGCGGGCUGCAGUCCGGGCUGGGGGAGCUCAGCGGCGAGCCUUCGAGCACCCCGUAUUUCAGCGGGGACUUUUACGGCUCCACGGAUGCCAGUGGGGCGUCUUCUGCAGCCACGGGCACCGGCGGGGAGGCCUCGGGACUGCCCGACGUCACUCUGAUCACUUCCGAAUUCGUGGAGGGUGUCACGGAACCAACCGUUUCCCAGGAACUCGGCCAGAGACCCCCUUUGACACACACCCCCCAGGUUUUUGAGUCCAGCGGAGAAGCCUCUACAUCGGGGGACCUCGGUGGAGCCACGCCAAGCGUCCCCGGGUCUGGGGUCGAGGCGUCAUCGGUCCCAGAAUCCAGCAGCGAAACGUCUGCCUCUCCUGAGGCCAGCGGGGUGGCGUCGGGGACCCCUGAUCUGGGGGAAACCACCGCCGCCUUCCCCGAAGCUGACCUGGAGGGAGCCUCGGACCUGGGAGUGAGCGGCCGCCCCUCCACCUUCCAGGAAGGGCCCACGGAGGGCUCCACCCCGUCGGGAAUGAGUGGAGAGUCGGCCACCACGUACGAUGUGGCCACGGAGACCUGGGGCUGGCCUUCGGCCACUCCCGGGGCUUCUGGAGACGGGCCGGGGAUCAGCGGGGACCCGUCUGGUCACGCCUCGGGGCUGGGUGUUGUCGUGGGCACCAGCGUCCCGGAGUUUGAAUGGACCCAGCAGCCGCAGGGCCCUGCAGAGGCGAAUCUGGAAGUGGAGUCCUCAAGCCCCGGGCACUCGGGAGAAGAGGCCCGAACGGCCGAAACAGCCGUCUUCCCAACGGACGCUGCUUCCAUCCCAGCUCCGGCAGAAGGGACCGAAGGAUCGGAGGCCACCACUGCAGACAUUGAUGAGUGCCUCUCAAGCCCUUGUGUGAAUGGAGCCACCUGCGUGGACGCCAUCGACUCUUUCACAUGCUUAUGCCUUCCCAGCUACCGAGGGGACCUGUGUGAGAUCGACCAGGCGCUGUGCGAGGAGGGCUGGACCAAGUUCCAGGGCCACUGCUACCGCCACUUCCCGGAGCGCGAGAGCUGGGUGGACGCCGAGAGCCGCUGCCGGAAGCACCAGUCCCACCUGAGCAGCAUCCUCACCCCUGAGGAGCAGGAGUUCGUCAACAACAAUGCUCAGAACUACCAGUGGAUCGGCCUGAACGACAGGAGCAUCGAAGGCGACUUCCGCUGGUCAGAUGGACACUCCCUGCAAUUUGAGAACUGGCGCCCCAACCAGCCCGACAACUUCUUUGCCUCCGGAGAGGACUGCGUGGUGAUGAUCUGGCACGAGAAGGGCGAGUGGAACGACGUGCCCUGCAAUUACCACCUGCCCUUCACGUGUAAGAAGGGCACAGUGGCCUGCGGAGAGCCCCCUGUGGUGGAGCACGCCAGGACGUUCGGCCAGAAGAAGGACCGCUACGAGAUCAACGCGCUGGUGCGGUAUCAGUGCGCCGAGGGCUUCGUCCAGCGCCACCUGCCCACCAUCCGGUGCCUGCCCAGCGGGCACUGGGAGGAGCCUCGGAUCACCUGCACAGACCCCGCCACCUACAAGCGCAGACUACAGAAGCGGAGCUCCCGGGCCCCACGGAGGAGCCACCCCGGCACGGCCCACUGAGAGGAGCCCCAGGCCGCGCCCAGGAUGCUGAGCCCAGAGCCUUGCAGGCUGACGCGCCCCCUCCGACGGUGUCCUCUUGUCGCUUUCUGCCAUAUAAGGAAUCCCAUUAAAGAAGGAAGAAAGGAAAUCCCACAGUGUGUAUGCACCCCACCCACCCACCCCCAAACGGCCAAAAAAAAACGCAUUUGACUCCCCCCGCCCCCCCAAAAAAAUGCCAAAGCAAAGCAGACGUAUUGUAACCCGUGGACAUGUCUUUAUCCUCCCGUUGUGCCUUUCCGGGGACCAGUGCAGGGACAGGGAGCAGGGAGGGGUUAAGUUAAAUAAAGAAGAUUAUUUUUUGUUUGCUGACUUUAUCCAAGAGCAGUGCAAUCGUUGGUUCUUUGACCUCCAGGGAGAGUUAGGGAGGAGGGAGGAGGGGCAGGGGGAGCUGGAGGGGCAGAGGCCCAGGGCAUGAAGAACCCGGAGCCACAGUUGAAUGUACCUGCGGGGAGCCCACCAGGAGCCUUCCGCUGCGUGGGGGUCAGGUUCCCUCCAAGGGUCCCUCUUCUGUCCGUCCGGCCGGCGUCCCCUCACCCGGUCUGCCACCCUAGCAGGUGUCAUCUCUCUCGGCAGGGCUGGGUGGGGGCACCUCCUUCCCAGUGGGAGCACCCCCGCCCCUCCCCCUCCCUCCCCCACCCCACCGGGACCGUGCAGGCACCAGGGUUCCGCGCACCUAUUUAUAUUUUUGAAAAUUGAAGAUUAUGAUAAUUAUAAUAAUAAAGACAUUGGAAGAGA